GCAAUGGGGACCUGUGAAUGAUCAAGGCAGCUCCCCCAUCGUAGGUCGUACACAUUCACUUGGUUCUGCUCGUACUUCAUAUCUGUGCUCGUGGUGAAAAUCGCGAGUUUCGUUCAUCGUUGACGUCGGGUAUGUAAGUAAGUAGGCACAAACCACUGGCUCUGGGGAUAGACGUGGACGUCGUAAAGUAGGUUGAUCGGAAAUAAACGUACAUACUCGAGAAUUCUUGUAUUCAGCUUUUUGAUUUUGUUUUCGCUAUGUCAGCUCCUCUUUCACACAACCAGGACCGCUUUGCAAUCGUUUUUUCGACACCCAGUGGAAGGUUUGUAAUUUCAAAAGAACAAUUUAGCAGGACGAAGCUGCUUGGAAAGUUACUCCAGAAGUAAAAAAGUAAAUAAAGCGCAGUUUACUUCAAAACAAGUAGAAGCGCGAGGGAAAAUGAUGAAGAAGAUUGCUCUCGUUACCGCUGCCACCCCCCUGGGAGGGGAGUUCGCCUCUGCGCUGGUGCAGAAGCAAGCUGGGAGUGCGACGCAUUUUUGGUAUCAAAGCGAAGUUUUAUUUAAGCUGAGAGGUCAUGAUUCACACUUGGGAUAACAUAAUGCAUUAUGCAGGAGAACAAGAACAUAGAACGACACUGAAAGCGUGCUCACAUCAAUAUUUCUCCGUCGUCCAGUGGUGGGCACGAACGCGUCUCGUUGCAAAUGCACUCUGUGCAAGGAAUUCUCAUCUCUGUACCAUAGAAUAGAUAAUCCGCAAAGUCGUGAACGUGUGCGCUACGUCUACGCAAAGCCGCGACAGCUCGCCGUGCCAUGAAUGCUGGCAAGAUCAUCCUGCGCCCCCAUAUCGUACAUUCGUGUGCUGCUAGCUCGGCUAAAAACUUUCGGUGCAUACUUAGGCUGGGAGUGAAGCAACGCCGUCCGGCUUCAUGCAGAAUGAGCGCGUUGACGUUGAGCAUGGCGGGAAGAAAAAGAGAUUGAACAAGGGGAAGACCGAGGAGAAGAAGGUGGAGAACAAGAAGAAGAAGGUGGACGAGAAGGCCGAGAAGAAGCACGAGCGGAUGGCUACCACUGCGUCUCCUGCCCCUGCGCUUACCACAAGCGAACCACCCACGACACUACAACCAGAAGCGCCCCAAUAUGCGCCGGAACCGGAGAUACAACCAGAAGUGCCCCAAUAUGCGCCGGAACCGGAGACGCCCGCGCCGGAGGUGGCAGUGUCGCAGUAAGACACAGCGAGACGCAAGGUGAAAAUUUUCGUAGCAAGGAAGAGCGCACGUUUAAUCACGCAUACAGGUUUUUACAAAAAAGGAAAAUCUUUCGUGUAUUAUUCUCUUUCCGACAUUGCGGCCACUCUCUUUCUAGAUGCAGAGCGAGAAUUCACAUCGUGGAGUGCUCACUCACCUCCUAAGAAAGAAGUUCGUUCCGGCUACUGUGAUUUACUUGCAGUUCUGUUUUCUUUGUCAAUUUUGCUUUUGUUCACCAGAAAAUAUCGGUUUUUACUUCUGAAAUUUUUAUUUUUUAUUGCAAUUCACAAACUCAACAUUUUUCAAGUUCCGCAGCAUCAAGUUCAGGUUUAAGAAACUUCUCUACGAUCUCUGUCGCUUGCGCAGUGAAAUUUUUGCUCUGCCCGGAACGCGUACAAGACAGCGCGAAAUAGUACCGGGCACUCACCGGGUCAUCAAGAUGCAGAAUUAUAACGUACCAAUAUUUCGCAUAGGCAUAACAUGGAAUGCAUAACCUGCUUCACACUGAGUCACUUCAGCAUGCAGCAUCGUCAUACUAGAAAAUGUUACCCUGCACCACAAGAAGUCGAUGUCGACAUGGCGCAAGUGAUAGGCAUAACCUGCGAAUUUUCUGUGCUUGCAGUACCAGACUUUUCAGGCCGUAUUCAAUCAGAGCAGUCGUGCGAUGAACUACAGCUGAAAACACUUUUUGUUGCUACCCUGAAACCCUAAUAAGACAUAAUGUAAUUAUAC